AUACAAAAACUUUUUUGUGAACUCAAAAUCUUUAUCUAGAAGCCACAGAAGAAGUUUCGUUGGACAGUCCAGAGAGGGAUCCAGUACUUUCACCAGAACCUACUGCUGCAAUCACUUCUGUAACACCUACUACAUUAGUAGCUGCCAGAAUGGAAUUGAAAAGUUUAACAGCCCCUGUGAUUUUUGAUAGAUCCAGAGAAGAGAUUGAAGAGGAAGCAAAUGGAGAUUUUCUUGAUAUAGAAAUCAAUGUAUCAGACCCAGAGAAAGUUGGGGAUGGCAUGAAUGCUUAUAUGGCAUACAGAGUAACAACAAAGACAUCCCUUUCCAUGUUUAACAAAAAUGAAUUCUUUGUUAAAAGAAGAUUUAGUGAUUUCCUUGGCUUGCACAGCAAAUUAGCAAUGAAGUACAUGCAUAUUGGUUACAUUGUGCCUCCCGCUCCAGAAAAAAGUAUUGUAGGCAUGACCAAGGUUAAAGUAGGCAAGGAAGAUUCUUCAUCUGCUGAAUUUGUAGAAAAAAGAAGAGCAGCAUUAGAAAGGUAUCUACAAAGAACAGUAAAACACCCUACCUUGUUGCAGGAUCCAGAUUUAAGGCAGUUCUUGGAAAGUUCUGAGCUGCCGAGAGCAGUUAACACCCAGGCUCUGAGUGGAGCAGGAAUAUUGAGGAUGGUAAACAAGGCUGCUGACGCUGUCAACAAAAUGACAAUCAAGAUGAAUGAAUCAGAUGCAUGGUUUGAAGAAAAACAGCAGCAAUUUGAGAAUCUGGAUCAGCAACUUAGGAAACUUCAUGCCAGUGUUGAAGCAUUAGUCUGCCGCAGAAAAGAGCUUUCAGCCAACACAGCUGCCUUUGCUAAAAGUGCUGCCAUGUUAAGUAAUUCUGAGGACCACACUGCUCUAUCUAGAGCUUUGUCUCAGCUUGCAGAGGUUGAGGAGAAGAUAGAUCAGUUGCAUCAAGAACAAGCUUUUGCUGAUUUUUAUGUGUUCUCAGAACUGUUUGGUGACUACAUUCGUCUUAUUGCUGCAGUAAAAGGUGUGUUUGAUCAUCGAAUGAAAUGCUGGCAGAAAUGGCAAGAUGCUCAGGUCACUUUACAAAAAAAACAUGAAGCUGAAGCAAAGCUCCAACUUGCCAACAGACCUGAUAAACUGCAGCAAGCUAAAGAUGAUAUAAAAGAGGAAAUUGAAGAGGUAGGACAGUUUAAUUAUUUAACAUUAAUGCAUUCUUGUUAUGCACCACUAUUUUCUCAUGAAAUAAUGGAGAACAUCAUUGCAGAUUUCAAUCGCUUAUGCACUUUAUUUUGUUUGGCUGCCUCAUUGGUCACUAACCCAAGCUGCUUUUUUCUUUCUGCACUUCAAUAUAUUUUACGUACAGUGUUGAAGUUGCUCAUUAAUGUGGCUUUCUUUUUUUCUUUAAAAAGGCCCUUGUUGACUGGGAAAAAAGUGUCACUCUUUUGUGACCACAUUCUUGCUGGUUGGCUCUCUUGAUGUCAUCCAUCCACCAUGCAACAAGUGAGCUGGAACUCAUUGGCAAAACUAAUUCCUGAGUGUUUGGAGUAGUAGGAAAUACUCAAUGACCCUUUCUCAUUCUUAAUAUAAAAAGAAUUAAUGAUGUCGUUCCUGAAGGAUUUCUUUUUCCUACUUUAUUGUGUGUUUAGAGAAGGUUGUUAGUAAACACAGAAUUUGAAUGUGCUGGCAGAAAAUUAUUGCUUCCACUGAAAUAUAUUCAGAGUUGCUGAAUUCUUUAAUAGUAGUCCUUUUGACAGAGAUAUCAAAAAGUGGAAGCCUAUGCAGCUUGAGCUUCAUCCAUGACUCAGUUCCUUUGUGCAGAUAAAAGGUAAAAGAGUAGUCCUCAAAACACCAUAUUAAACAAGGGGAAGAUUUUUCCUUGUCAGAAACUGUAAGAUGGCAAAUUAUCCAGUGAUAAUUCCUACAAACCCUGGUGUUUGGAUAUGAUGAAUCUGGGACGUGGGUCCAUAGGCCUAUAGAGGCUGUCUCUGAAAAAAAAAAAAAUGUUGCUUCCUGGCUGCUUUUUUCUGAGUAAGAUAACUGUUACCAGAUCUAUUAGCUCCCAUAAUUCAGUUAGUAUGUUGAGAUUAACAGAUACAGUUGCAUUUUUAGAAUGUCUGUUAGCAUGCAUAUGUCUGAAGUGUCAGGAUGAUAGCUUUUUUCAUAAUAUACUUACACAGAUGGUUUAAAUUUAGUAAUAUAAUAGUUGCAUAAAAGCAGGUGCAAAGGAAAGUCUAGUAAUGAUAAGGUAAUAUAGCUGGUGAUGCUUUCUUAAUUGUGUAACUGGAUGUCUUUUGAUAUAAAAUAAGGAUAAACAUGAUCAAGUGUUUUGUAGUAUUGAUAUUAAUGCCUUGUUCCCAGUAUGGCAAAACCCUACAAGCAGCUUCACUUCCUCUGAAUUUUCCUUCUGUGCUCUUACCUGCAAUUUUUUAUUAUUUUCUUUUUUUUUUAUUGCUGCUGUCUCUUAAAACAGUCCCCACUGAGCAAGAAAGUUUGUGCUUUGGCUUGCCUAAAUAAUAUACAUUCUUAUCAAUAAACGCAUCCUUGUUAGCUUGUCAUCUGCAGCAGAAAUAUGACAAAGAUAAGCAAUUACUUGUCCAUAGGCAGAGAUGAAGACUUAAUAAUCUAUUCUGUGAAUAGGAAAGUACAGGCAACUAUUUUUUGAGACUUUUUCACAUUUGAUUGAACAGAUAAGAAAACUUAAAGGUUUAGCUUCCUUUUAUAGCAGUGUUUGUAAAGGGAAUAGCUAAUAAAGCUUUAGAGAUCCUUUUUCUUUGCUAAAGAAUCUUUAAAUUUUUUGUUACAAAAUAUUCGUUAAUAACAAUAUUAAGAUAUUUUUAUAUUUGGUAUACAGAUAACAUUACCUUAGAGAUAUCAUUGUUUUAACUGAUCUGAUGACAUCCUUCUCUGUAAAUUGUUGUUCUGAAAUUACUGUACUGAUAUUUUCCCUUAAGUAUGUCAAAAAGGUGCUUUUCAACUCUUGAAUGACUAUCACUAAUAUAAUAAAAAAAAGUUCAGCUACCAAUAGACUGAACAGAGAACGCAGUCUUAUCUCUGCAUGUUUUU